CAAAAGAUGUUACUAUGACAGUUCGAUACAUAGCGUUAUCAACGAUAGGAUUCAGUUCCAUAGCAGUGAUAUUUAGCGGUCUUACUUUUUUGACCCAACAAACGUUAACUAUGAAAACUCAAUGUUUUGCCAUUUCCACAUCCGCACUUAUAGAGGUUUUCAUCUGCGCAUGGCCAGCUGAUUAUUUAUUACGCACGAGCAAUGACAUUGGCCAUGCUGGAUAUGAAUCAUCAUGGUACAAUAAAGACAUAUCUUUACAGAAGAAUUUGUUAUAUACUGUGUUGAGAUGUCAACAUCCUGUAACUCUAACUGUGCCUUGUCUGCUACCGAGUCUUUCACUUAAUUAUUAUGCCUCUUUUUUAUCAACUACGUUUUCCUAUUUCACAACAUUUCGAGCAAUGCUUGCUAAAGAAGACGGGUUGCAAAUGUAAUCUACUUGACGUGCUUACAGCUACAUUACAUAAUCAUGAUUGCCCAUAAGCACAAUCUUUAAAUAUUUAAUAUAUACUACACAAAAAUAUAAUCAUCGCGAAAAAUGGAUGAAAAAGCUUCACUCUACUCUA